GUAUUUUGGGUUUUCUAAUAAGCACUUAACCACUUUCUUUUUAAAUAAAACGCAAACCUUUUGGGAUAUUUCAAAAACUUUAUUAUUGGCUUGAAGUGCAUUUAAAACAUUUAUGAAUGGAAUUCGACUUCGUCCAUAACGCGGGCACGUUUGCAUCUGUCAAUACGUUGUACUCGAAACGGGCACUAUGUCCCGUUAAAUGUGGGCUCUAAGCUGUUCCAACAUCGUCGGCUUGUUGGCAUAGAUCAAUGACUUGACGUAGACCAAAGAAAAUAGCCUAUAGGUGUCAAAUCGCACGACGAAGCAGCCAAUUGCUGGGCCAUUUCUUGAGAUAACACGCUCACGAAACUUAAUUUUCAAUAAAUCGAUUAUAACGUGUGCUGUGUGGCUUGUGGCAUCUUUCUGUUGAAAUCACAUGUUGUCCAGAUCCACAUCUUCGAAUUCAGGCCAAAAAUAAUCAGUGAGCAUGGUGCUGUAGCGUUGUCCAUUCACAGUAACGUGACGAUUGGCAUCGUUGUCGAAGGAGUAUGGCCCAAUGACGCCACCGGCAUGCAAACCGCAUCAAACAGUUAUAUUUUUUGGAUGUAGUGUUGAUUCGUAAAUCUCAUAUAGAUGACCAAUAACGCAUAUUUUGCUUAUUGACGAAGCCAUCGUUCCUGAAGAUGAUGAACGCUCUUAAAGUAGCGGUCACUGACUCCGAAUUUCGGUAGUAGAUUUUUAUGAUGUGCAGACGAUGUUCGUUCGUGUACUUUAAUAGUGACAGUUCGUUGAUUAGUGUAAGAUGGAACAUCGUUCUGAAGAGUUUAAAAAAAUUAAUCGUCUUCAAAAACUGCCUUGUAUUGUCGAUGGAGAUUUUCAUUUGAGCGAAUCUAUAGCGAUUUUAAGAUAUUUGGCCAAAAAAGGAGAGUUUAGUGAGCAGUUGUACCCCAAGGACAUUACGAAUCGUGCAAAGGUUGACGAAUUUUUGGAAUGGCAACAUGUUGGUUUACGUUAUGGCUGCUCUACCUAUUUUGUGCAUUUAUGGCUUUAUCCUAUAUCUGGACUGGCAGAAGUACCAUCCGUUAAGAAAUUAACAAAACUUCAAGAAGAUAUGGAGAAUAGCCUUAAGUUAGUGGACAAAAUUUGGUUGAAAAAUUCGGACUUCGUAUCGGGCAGUAAAUUAUCAGUGGCUGAUUUAUUUGGAGCUUGUGAAAUUGAACAAAUCAAACUUGCGAAAUAUGAUGUAUCCGAGAAAUUUCCAAACAUUUCAUCAUGGCUAGCAAGAGUGCGGGAAGAAGCCAACCCAUUUUAUGAUGAAGGUCAUAAAUAUGUCAACAAUUUUGCUAAAAAACUUUGAAAAAAAACUUCUAGACUUAAAAAUUUAGUCUUAUUACAAAAAAUACCCUUGAAGUAUUUUGAGAAAAACGUAAAAGAUUUUUGCAUUUAUUAA